CAACUGGGGUUUCCCCAUGUCACAACUUGGACUCUAAAACGUCUGUAUAAUUUCUAUCACGUGGCUAAUGACUCUUUUGCACAUGUUCAAAUUCUAAAUUGAAUGAUUGAUAAUGGGGAAUGUACGGAUGAACAGUGGUUUCCUAUUUCAUAACGAUAUGAAAGCCGACGGGGUGGACUAUAAAUAGACCGAAGAACACAGUGUAUAUAUAAGCAUACGAUUAUAAGAGUAGCCAUUGACAGAAGUGAUUAACAUGGCUAAAAACGAACAAGCAGACAACGGACAACCUGAUACAACUCAAGCUCUUUCGCAGAAUAUGAACACGAGAAGGAAAAUAUGUACAUUUUCCAAUGCAGGCGAAAACACUGAUAUUGAUGUUGAUGUUGACUACAAGUUAGAGAGGCCCCCCGGUCGAAAUAUAAACAUGGAUCUUGAUGUGGACUUCGGUAGCCUCAGUCUUAAAGAGAAUGAAAUGGAGACUUGUGAAUCUGGGGUAGAGGCGGGAAAACCGAUCAACACAUGUGUCCCACUUGACAGUGUCACUACAAACACCUGCCCCGGGUAUGUUUCUACAGAUGAAGGAUAUGAAAGCAAGUCAAUAUCUUUCACAGACAGAAUGCCCGUUCAGGAGACCGACAACAACACACUUGUGACAUCCGUGAGAUCGGUUGAUGUCGUUCAGGUGUAUCAUCAAGAUAAAGAUGGCGACACGGAUCUUCAUACUGGAAUCAUUCAAGGACAUAUAUCUCUUGUGUUGUUGUUUAUAUCAGCGGCGCCCAACAGUGAGUGGUUGAACAUUACAAACAUGCUUCAACAGACGCCCCUUCACUUGGCUGUUAUUACUCGUCAGGUGAAUAUCGUCCGGCGACUGAUGACGGCCGGAGCAAGAGUUGAUGUUACCGAUAUCCAUGGCAACACACCACUUCACAUUGCAUGUCGCGAGGGCUACCAGGAGAUCGUGGAGUGUCUUCUUCGACCUGUGUAUUAUGAGGAGACACUUCUGAACCAGCAUGAAAUUCCGUUCCAAAGGAUACCCCAGGACUUGGAGAAAAGGAACUUUGAUGGACAUACAUGUCUUCACCUGGCCGCCAUGUCGACACAUCUCAAAGUUCUUGAGCUUCUGUCAAAGAAAGCUAACAUCAAUGUCCGUGACGGCACCAGCGGCAGGACAGUUCUCCAUUACGCUUCUGAAACGGGAAACAGAAUUCUUCUUCACUUCCUGUUAUCACAGCGUCAUCUUGACAUUUGUUGCCGAACGUACGGGGGUCAGACUCCUCUUCGUCUUGCAGCAGGGAGGGGUUAUGGGGAUGUCGUUUCCAUCCUCCUCGCCAACGGUGCAGAUGUCACAGACAUAGACGGUUCCGAUCAGUCGGACGAAGAGGUGUUUGAUGAUUUUUGUAUCAAUGGACACAUAGUUGUUUUGUAAUAAUAGGACCGAAUGGAUAGAUGUGUAACACUAACAUAUGAAAACAUAUGUUCAGAGAUUCUGUUUUUAUAUCUUAAUCUAGUCAACAAGGUGAAAAGAUUCCAUUCCUAAAAGGCCUAUUCCUGACAAGGUGUAUGGAGAUAUUUGAUGCCGGUCAAUUGCCUGAUCGAUCAGUGUUUCAUGUUAACCAAAGUGCCAAAGAACAAUGUAUAACCCUUUUAUCUGUCAG